CCGAUCAAUGCGUGCGGACAGUAUCUCUACGUGCAUAAAAGGAAACAAACCAGUAUCAACGCGCAUUGACUCGAAGGUGUCGACAAGGAUUACUUCGCAACUCUAGACGAACGACAUCUAUGCACCCUCGUUGUGUGUAAACGCGAAGUAGUGUGGGGAUUUGCAAGCGAAGAAAUAUUAGCCUUCAAGCAUGACAGACGUGAUAAACACCAGAGAGCCUGGUCGGGAGGACUUCAGUGUGGACGGGGCCCCUGGGGAAAAGGGCAUCGCCUUCCAGAUCUUUCCGGACAGCCGUGAGCGCUACCCGAAGCUGUCUGAGCGUCUGCCGUCCAUCGUGGUGGAGCCCACGGAGGGGGAGGUGGAGAGCGGAGAGCUACGGUGGCCCCCGGAGAACGUGAGGAGCACGGACGUAUCCCACAGACCCACACACACGAGUGCCGCUCCAGAGCCGAGAGGAGCUGAGGAGCAGGCCAGGGGUGUGGAUUCAUCAGAAGGCGCUAAGCAAGACUCAAACUGAAGAGGAACCAGCCUGCCCCCCCCCUCCACCGCCCAAACCCCCAGCCACCUCUCGGCCCCUCUCUUCCUCAGUUAACUGCCCCUCUUCCAAACCCUCCCAUCUCCCCCCUCCUCCUCCACCCCCCACCCCCAGUGUGACUGUGUGCCUCCACAGGCAGAAAGAACACACUUCCUCCCUGUCCAUCCCAGCCACCUCCAUGUGUGUCCACUCCCCACCUCUCUCUGUCUCCAUCCCUCCCCCCGCCCCACUCUCUUACUCUCUUCGCUUGGAGACACACUUCAAGGGUCUGCUGACUGAUAGCGAUAGGGAGUCUGGAAAUGAAAUCUCUGCUGCUUAUGAGGGGGUGCUACGACCUGAUGGCUCACAGUGCCAAAGCGGCGGGGUUGCACACUGGAAUUACUUCUUAUUGAAACACUAGUUCACACUCGCCAGACACUGUACCAGAUAGCUCUGUUUUAUUUUUACUGGACAUCUGUGGGUUAGAUCACUCAUGAUAUGUUCUGUUCUGUGUGUAAUAUACACUGAAAUUUCCUGUGACAAAUACUGGUGGAAAGGGAUAACCCGUAUGCCACUGUGUAUGUGUCUGAUGGAGAGUACUGCUGUAGAUGGUGGGUGUGUAGAAACGGAACAAGUCUGAAAGCCCACAUAGUGGAUGUCUGGGAGUGGGGACGUGUGCAGCGUGUCUGAAAGAAUCUGCCGCUUACUUGAAACUUCAAAAGUGUCUGCCAGUCUGUCAUGCCAACUCAUCAUGCCACACUCAUCUCAAAGACCUUUAUAGUUUUUUCUCUCUCCCUCUCCCUCUCACUCUCUCCGUGUGUCUCUAUCUCUCAUUCUUUAUUUUUCCAACAUGAACACCACACACCCAGACACGCACAUAUACAGACACACACAUGUACACUCCGACAGAUACACACACACACACACACACACAAUGCGCCUGUUGAUGGAUUCUAGAUAGUGCCUUCAGCUUCUUUGUUGGUUUAGCUUAGAAACAAACAGAACACAGAUGCAUUCACCUAAAGUAAGAAAUAUAUGGCAAAUAUUCAUUAGUGAAACAUCUACUUGUUACAUUAAAAAACAGUUCCAAUAAUAAUAAUUUCCAGUUGUCAUAAUUAGAUUGCACUUCUGUGUAUUAUGUAUUUAGAGACUAAAUAAUUACAUUGUGUUUUGUCAACAUGGACUAGUGUAAUAUGACUAAUGUUGGCUCCUAGUGUGAGAUGAUUCACCAACAUAUGUCAUUUAAAAUAUAAUGUAACAAGUCAAUAGAGAAUGUUUAUGCUUCAGGAGGAAAGAUAAUUAUCUUUUUAAUAAACUCUAGUCUGAAAAACAAAA